CUGGCAUUGAAAUUUACCAGUCGCAUUGAAGCUCUCAUCGUUUCGCGGCGCAAAUCAAUUACAUUCAUUCCCCAUACCUAAACACUUCGCCGCUACCCAUCCAAACACCUCAUCAUGGCUGCUCCGGUAAUGACCGUCUCCGAGACGAAGGACCUUCGAGGUCUCAACCUGAUUGCAGCGCACUCUCACAUCCGCGGUCUCGGUGUGGACGCAGAUACCCUAGAGCCAAGAUCGAAUUCGCAAGGCUUGGUCGGACAAGAGAAGGCCAGGAAAGCCGCCGCAGUCAUCCUUGAGAUGAUCAAGGUGGGAAAGAUCGCAGGCAGGGCAGUCUUGAUUGCAGGUCCCCCGAGCACAGGAAAGACUGCCAUAGCAAUGGGCAUGGCCCAGUCCCUCGGACCUGAUGUGCCCUUUACAUCGCUCGCCUCGUCCGAGAUCUUCUCUCUCGAGAUGUCUAAAACAGAAGCCCUCACACAAGCUUUCCGCAAAUCAAUUGGUGUAAGGAUCAAGGAAGAAUCCGAGGUCAUGGAGGGCGAGGUCGUCGAGAUCCAGAUCGACCGCAGCGUGACCGGCGGAGCCAAGCAGGGCAAGCUUACUAUCAAGACGACCGACAUGGAGGCUGUCUACGAUAUGGGCGCCAAGAUGAUCGAUGCCAUGACCAAGGAACGUGUCAUGGCGGGCGACAUCAUCAGUAUCGACAAGAGCAGCGGCAAGAUCACUAAGCUGGGACGCAGCUACGCGCGGAGUAGAGAUUACGACGCCAUGGGCGCCGACACAAAGUUCCUGCAGUGCCCCGAUGGCGAGCUUCAAAAGCGAAAGGAGCAAGUACACACCGUCACGCUGCAUGAAAUUGACGUUAUCAACUCCCGUACCCAAGGCUUCCUCGCUCUGUUCAGUGGGGACACGGGCGAGAUUCGCAGCGAGAUCCGAGACCAGAUCGACACCAAGGUUGCCGAGUGGAAGGAGGAGGGCAAGGCCGAGAUCGUGCCCGGUGUAUUGUUCAUCGAUGAGGUGCACAUGCUCGACAUCGAGUGUUUCAGCUACAUCAACCGGGCUCUCGAGGUUGACUUGGCACCUGUCGUCAUCAUGGCGAGCAACAGGGGCAACUCCAAGAUCAGAGGCACAGACUACCGCAGCCCCCACGGUCUGCCUCUGGAUUUCCUCGACAGAAUCGUCAUCAUCCAAACCAUGACCUACGCGGCUGACGAUAUCAACAAGAUCCUAACCAUUCGUGCGCAGGAAGAGGAAGUUGACGUCUCACCCGAUGCUUUAGCCUUGUUGACAAAGAUUGGGCAGGAGGCCGGCUUGAGAUAUGCCAGCAAUCUGAUUACGACUUCGCAGCUCAUUUCGGCCAAGAGAAAGGCAAAGCAGGUUGGUGUGGACGACGUACAGCGCAGUUUCAAGCUCUUCUACGACCCCAGUCGCAGUAUUGCUUUCGUGUCGGCUUCGGAAAAGAGGCUGAUUGGCAAUGAUGGAGCAGUUGACUUCACGGUUACGAAUGGCCACGGCGAGGCGAUGGACACCACUUAGAAGGAUAACAAUGUAGCGGCAACGCAAUAAAUGUCACUAGUUCUCGUUGUUUUUAUGGCGUUUUAGGGGCUAAAAGCGGAAAUGGAUAUUUCAUGAGAGGUGCACCUGUCAAAGUCAUAGAGAGAG